GUUAUUUAGCGUAGAACAACUCUGAAGAUCACACUUCGCUCAGCGGUUAGCUAAGUAGCUAAUGCACUGCUAAUGUAAUCUCUGUUGUAUUGAAUAUUACUUUAGUGCAGUGCAUUGUAUUGUAUGUUUCACAACUGUGCCUACGAUUCCACUUUGUUCGUGUGCCAACUUUCUCCCCUUAGUGCAUUGGGUAGAGAGCAGUGCAUUAUGGGGGAGCUUUUCCGCAGCGAGGAGAUGACCCUGGCCCAGCUCUUCCUCCAGUCUGAGUCGGCCUACUGCUGUGUCAGUGAGCUGGGAGAGAUCGGCAUGGUGCAGUUCAGAGAUUUGAACCCAGAUGUGAAUGUUUUCCAGAGGAAGUUUGUAAAUGAAGUCCGUCGCUGUGAGGAGAUGGACCGCAAAUUAAGAUUUGUCGAGAAGGAAAUAAAAAAGGCCAACAUACCUGUUGUAGACACAGGGGAGAACCCAGAGGUCCCUUUUCCACGAGACAUGAUUGACUUGGAGGCCACCUUUGAAAAGCUGGAGAAUGAGCUGAAGGAGAUCAACACCAACCAGGAAGCCCUGAAAAAGAACUUCCUCGAGCUGACAGAGCUCAAGCACAUCCUCAGACGAACGCAGCAGUUCUUUGAUGAGAUGGAAGAUCCUGCACUUUUGGAUGAGUCAUCAACUUUAUUCGACCCAAAUGAGAUCGGACGUGGUGCUCCUCUUAGGCUUGGGUUUGUUGCAGGUGUAAUAGGCAGAGAGAGGAUCCCCACCUUCGAGAGAAUGCUGUGGAGAGUUUGUCGUGGCAACGUCUUCCUGAGGCAGGCAGACAUUGAGGACCCACUUGAGGACCCCACCACAGGAGAUCAUGUGCACAAGUCAGUGUUCAUCAUUUUCUUCCAGGGAGACCAGCUGAAGAAUAGAGUGAAAAAGAUUUGUGAAGGGUUCCGGGCAUCUCUGUACCCUUGUCCAGAGACCCCUCAUGAGAGAAAAGAAAUGGCAGCCGGAGUGAACACUCGCAUUGAUGACCUCCAGAUGGUGCUAAAUCAGACAGAAGAUCACAGGCAGCGAGUGUUGCAGGCGGCUGCUAAGACUGUCCGUGUGUGGUUUAUCAAAGUGAGGAAGAUGAAAGCCAUUUAUCACACUCUGAACCUCUGCAACAUUGAUGUCACCCAGAAGUGUCUGAUCGCUGAAAUCUGGUGCCCUGUGUCGGAUCUGGACUCCAUUCAGUUUGCACUCCGCCGAGGCACGGAGAGAAGUGGAUCCACUGUUUCUUCCAUCCUGAACAGAAUGCAGACAAAGCAGACCCCACCCACCUACAACAAAACCAACAAAUUCACCACUGGCUUUCAAAACAUCGUUGAUGCCUAUGGCAUUGGCAACUACCGGGAAAUCAACCCAGCUCCAUACACCAUCAUCACCUUCCCCUUCCUGUUUGCGGUCAUGUUUGGGGAUCUGGGUCACGGUGCCCUCAUGACCUGUGCUGCACUUUAUCUGGUACUGCGAGAGAGCCGAUUAAUUGCUCAGAAAAAUGACAAUGAGAUGUUUACCAUGGUGUUUGCAGGCCGUUACAUUAUUCUCCUUAUGGGAGUAUUUUCGGUGUAUACUGGAAUCAUAUAUAAUGACUGUUUCUCCAAAUCUCUCAAUGUUUUCGGCUCGGGCUGGAGUGUCAAACCCAUGUUUGGAAGAGGAGCCAACUGGACGUUUAAGACUUUGGAAGAUAACAGAAUAUUACAGUUGGAUCCUGCUGUACCGGGAGUGUUUGGUGGGCCCUAUCCCAUUGGCAUUGACCCAAUCUGGAAUAUUGCCACCAACAAGCUGACGUUUCUGAACUCUUUCAAGAUGAAAAUGUCAAUAAUACUUGGAGUUAUCCACAUGCUGUUUGGAGUCACUCUCAGUCUCUUCAAUCACCUGUACUUCAAGAAGCCUCUGAACAUCUUUCUGGGUUUUAUUCCUGAGAUUGUUUUCAUGAGCAGCCUGUUUGGCUACCUGGUGUUGCUCGUCUUCUAUAAAUGGAUGGCAUAUGAUGCCAAGACCUCAAAAGACGCACCCAGUCUUCUUAUAGCCUUCAUUAACAUGUUCCUCUUCAACUACAACGAUCCAACCAACAAGCCAUUAUACAGAGGACAGAUGGGAAUUCAGUGUCUGUUAGUUGUUGUAGCUAUCGCCUGUGUGCCAUGUAUGCUCAUAGUAAAGACCCUAGUAAUGCGCAGGCAGUACCUCUGGAGAAAGCACCUGGGAACACAAAACUUUGGGGGAAUCCAUGUGGGUAAUGGCCCAACAGAGGAUGAAGCUGAGAUCAUUCAACAUGACCAACUUGCCCAGAACUUAGAAGACGAGCCUGAGCAAUCCGAGGAGGAAGUGUUUAAUUUUGCAGAUGUAGCCGUACAUCAAGCCAUUCACACUAUAGAAUACUGCUUAGGCUGCAUCUCAAACACUGCAUCUUAUCUACGGCUUUGGGCGCUGAGCCUGGCACAUGCCCAGCUCUCUGAAGUCUUAUGGUCAAUGGUAAUGCACAUUGGCCUGGCCUCUAGGAAUUUUGGUGGAUUCUUUGGCCUGUCAAUCAUCUUUGCCGUCUUUGCUACAUUGACAGUGUUUAUUCUAUUGAUCAUGGAAGGACUGUCUGCCUUCCUACAUGCUCUUAGAUUGCACUGGGUGGAGUUCCAGAAUAAAUUUUACACUGGACAGGGCUUCAAGUUCAUGCCUUUCACUUUCGACAGCAUUCUGGAGGGCAAGUGUGAAGACUAAACCACACCCACUUUCUCUUAACUGCUACACAUUCAGACUACAGGAGCCAAUCAGAUUAAAUGUCAGAUUUUAUGAUUUGUGCGAAUACUGUGAUAAAAAUCUACAUUGACUUUGUAAGGCUCUAGAUUUCUCAGGUGUUCUACAUCAGGACAUAAAUGGAAUAAUUUUACAAAUAAACUAGAUGUGUAUGGUUGAAGCUGAGCUAAAAAAAAAAAAAAGAAUAAUAAAUAAAUCUGAGCUAAAAUUGCAUAACAUAUUCAAAAUUAGUUCACUACUCUUAAAUUCUUAUUUAAGAGAGAUAUGUUUUCAUACAUAAUAAUAGAAGCUCAAGUAAUGUUACCAAACAGCACACAGGAGUGCAAGCAGCAUUAUAUUUGUGUUUUUGCUAUAAAUUAUGAAGUUGAUGCAGAUCUCAUAGAUGCCUCAUUAAUUGGUUAAUUAAUUGUUUCCUACCCAUCAUAGCGUUGGUGGAUAUUUUUUCUGUUUCUGAUAUUUUUUCCAGUCUCUUAAAUUAUUAGAGUUUUGUUUUUUAUAUAUCUUUUAUCCUUUAUGUUGUACCUGAACCCUUCUGUAAAACAGUUCUCAUACAAAGGGACCUCAUUUCAAGUGAUGCAAAGCACGCUUCAGAACAUCUGACGUAGGUUAUAAGCUUUCUCAUCAAGCAUAUCUGAAUAAUAAAUACCACAGAUAAUCCUACAAAUUAGCCUGAUUUAGCACAGAUCUGUAAUUUUGUUUCAUUCCUUCAAAUACGUAAUAUAAGAGUAGCUGAGUUUUAGUUGGGCUUGAACUGUAUUUCUGUUUAAUUUUUGUACUUUUGCUAUUGUGUUUGUACAAUGCAAAGCAAAUCUACAUCUGAAUGCUAUGCUAAUGUUCAUAAUAAUUUGUUUGUUGCAGUGCCCAGUUCCUUGUUUAUUUGUUUGAUUUACAUCAUGCCCAUGCAUUGGCUCUGGAAAAAAUGUGUUGUUCAUUAGUUUUCAGUGGCAGUCCAUUUAGUCUUUGAGAAAUUACCUAUACCACGUAAAGGCAGUCAGUAAAUCUAAGUGAUUAUGUCUGUUUUGUUUGGCAAUAAAAGGAAGGAAUUGAUCUGAA